ACCCCCCCGUUUAUCCCGUCUCUCAUUCCCCCCGUCUCCGUCCUCUCCUUUCCCUUUGGUUUUUUUUUUAAACGCCUUACCAGCCUACCAGCUGCAUCCUGGGAUCGACAGCCUUAACCUUUAGAGGCUGGUAAUCGAUUUCCAUCUUGCAUAGCGUAUUAAAUCGACACUUACCUUACUUAACCUUGGUACCUACUUCGUUUACUUGGUAGCCAUCAGGACUAACCCGUGACCAUAGAUAGGUAGUCGACUGGUCCAGAUAUCAUCAUACCCCGUCGGAUUGAUCCCUUCUAUCCUUUCGUCGUCCUUCGUCGCCCAUUCCAAGACAAAUCCCGAUGAAGCCAGACACGGGGCUGAUCUGAGACCUUCUCAAUCUUUUCACUUUUAACUUCGUUUUUCGCAUUCCUUACCUCUCCAUUAAUCACACCCCCACUUGAUUAGAUUCAUAGUCAAUACCUCGACUUCUUCGUCAUCUUCUUCAUUGAAAAAAAAGUCUUCAAUCUGGAUUCUUCGACGUUCUCGGCGGGGUCUGGAGCCCAGUUCCACGACGCCUUAGAUAUAAUGGAUCAAGAACCCCUCGACAUACCCGCACCUGCGGCUGCUGCACCUGCGCCCCACGAGAUCCCCGACGAUACCCUCGGUGGCAUCGAAGGGUCUCCGCAGCUAUCAGGUGAUCCAGGCAUUCUUCACGAGCCACAUCAUCGACAAUCGCAGUCCCUCGACCGUGGCCUAGCCAACAACGCACACUCAGAUGACGUCGACCCGAACACUCCUCCAUACGAAACCCAUCCAUACGAACCUCCCCCUCAGUCCAUACCCAGACCAGCAUCAUCCAUGUCCAACACCGGCGAAAGACAAUACAGCGAUACCGCACCACGGGAUACCAACGGUGCGGAUCGCAAUACCCGCAACCAUGUUGUGAUCAAGGUCGGCAUGGUCGGCGAUGCACAGAUUGGCAAGACUUCCUUGAUGGUGAAAUAUGUUGAAGGCAGCUGGGACGAGGAUUACAUUCAGACACUGGGCGUCAACUUCAUGGAGAAGACGAUUAGCAUCCGAAAUACCGAGAUCACCUUCAGUAUAUGGGAUUUGGGUGGUCAAAGAGAAUUCGUGAACAUGCUACCUCUGGUCUGCAAUGAUGCAGUUGCUAUUCUGUUCAUGUUCGACUUGACGCGAAAGAGCACACUGAACAGUAUCAAGGAAUGGUAUCGUCAAGGACGAGGGUUCAACAAGACGGCCAUUCCGAUUUUGGUCGGUACGAAAUAUGAUCACUUCGUCAACUUUCCUCGAGAGGACCAAGAGGAGAUCUCGAAUCAGGCAAAGAGGUUUGCCAAGGCGAUGCGAGCUGCUCUUAUUUUCAGCAGCACGAGCCACAGCAUCAACGUCCAGAAGAUCUUUAAGAUUGUUUUAUCCAAGGCCUUUGAUCUCAAAUGCACAAUACCCGAGAUCGAAAACGUUGGCGAGCCCCUCUUACUCUACCAGUCUGUUUAGUUUGGACCGGUUCCCACGAUAGAGGUCUUUGGUAGGUUACGUCUAGACCGCCUCGACAUACUUUGGCCAUGGAGCAAUGAUGUGUUGCCUGUUGCCUUACCUUUACAAGUCUUGUUCACGUACUUUCACGUGUUUUAUGAUAUUGAAUGGCCGUUAUGACAACGUGAAUCCCAAGUAUCCAUCGGAUCUCAAACAAUUAAUUCGGUGUCUCAUCUAAAUAACCCUCAGACAAUCAAUCAAUCACAUCACCCUCACACUAUCUGAUAGAACCAAAUGGGAAUACACAACUACUUUACACUUUUUGACGACAUGCCUCCGAAGAGUUGACAUGACAAUUCCACAGUACAACUCAUCAAGAAAACCAAAUUACAUACAUUUCCUUUGUACCAUACGUCGCU